AUUGGAUUCAAAUUUCGUCCGCUAGAAGGCGUCGUUCAUGCUGUAACAUAAAAGUGAGUUACAAUGUCUAAUAGCCAUCUGCUUAUGAAGGCGGGUUUCAUUACGAGCCCAGCACAGAACGGAGUAGGAAGAUACGUAUGUCAGCUACAGCGAGUAGUCUUGAAGUUCUGCAAGAAUAAUGGAUCCAGUCGAGGUGUAAGGGAUUUCAUUGAAUCUGAUUUGGUUAACUUCGCCAAGGAUCAUCCAGGAGUUGUCGUGUAUUUGAAGCCGAGGAGGCACAGGGGUCCGGUUAUUGUAGCGGAAUACUUGAACGGUGAGAAGCAGCACGUCUACUGCAGGAACUUCACGAGCGAGGUGGUGAGCAAAUGGUUGACUUUGCUGAAGAACCAGCAGGGAAACCACGAAGGAAUGAGAUUGAGGAAGAUGUGGCACACCGAUCACCCUUCGAUCCAAGGCCCAUGGACGCCGUACACCUUCAGGGAACCAAGUCUGAAUUUGGCCGAAUUCCCCAACGACAAACUGAGCAGCCCCGCGUCGCUGGAACCGUCCGCCACCGAUAGAUUGAUCGAGGCGUUCAAAAAGCAGCAGCUGAAAGAGCUGGAAUAGGUUUUAAGAUAUAGGUACAAUCUAAGUAGUGUUAUUUAUAGUCUUUAUUUUGUUGUUAUUUGAAUAAAACGGAUGUUCCGUUCAGGCGGAUGAAAACAA